GGAAUCUCUAUUCUUUGCGUCUGCUUGCAGUUUGACUAUAAAGGCAAAGAAGAUGAAAGGCAUCCAUGCCCUGAAGUAGCGCUUUCGUUUACUCGCGGUGAUAUUCUGGAGCUGCAGACUUGUAAUGACGAUCACUGGUGGCAGAAUAUCCAUUUUGUUCAGGCUCGACGAAUAGGAUUUGGUGCUUUUGCUAACAGCGAGGAUUUCAAAGGUAAUGGAUCUUCCCGCAUCGGGCUGAUUCCUUCGGAAACGUUGCAGCUAUCGAAAAGUACAUCAGAGAUCGAGCAAAGGCCGACAAAUGGCCGAGGAUCAAGUCGCUCAGGCAGCAGUCAUGAGACCGAGUACGUAUAUGAAUCUGUUUGCCGUCUUGCUCCUCGAGACGGACUGCCACGCCUAGUAGUCUUGAUUGGGCCACCGGGUGUUGGCAGGAAUGAGUUGAAGCGCCGUCUCAUUGCACGAUUUCCGCAGCGAUUUACAACAACUGUUCCACACACGACAAGGGCUAAGAGAGAACGCAGCGCGUUGCAGCGCGGAAGGGUGCAAAUCAUAAAAAUCAUCUUUGAAGCAAAUUUUGCUCUAAGAUCAUACUUUCUCAGGCAUGGAGAGGUAGAAGGAGUGGAUUAUUAUUUUACCGAAAGGUCUGUCAUGGAGAAGAUGAUUUACAGCGGACAAAUGCUUGAGUUCGGGGAGUUUCGAGGUAAUCUCUACGGAACUGCCAUAAGUUCUGUACGGGAUGCACAACGAGCUGGAACUCCUUUGAUUACUCCACAUCCGCUGGCUCUUCCAGUGCUCAGGACACAGGAGUUCAUGCCAUUCAUCGUAUUUAUACAACCUCCCGACGCAGCCGCGUUCAAGGUAGGAGCAUUUGCAGAUUUUGAAGCUUAUAUGGGCAGGUGAGC